AUGUCCGGCGACAAGCUCCAUGUAAUUGCCCUGAUAUCAGGCGGCAAAGACAGCUUCUACAGCCUCCUCCACUGCAUCCAUCACGGGCACCGCAUCGUCGCAUUGGCGAAUCUUUUCCCCUCCAGCGCCGCCGACGGCUCGACCGCGGUUCGCGCCAUCGAGCCAGGCUGCCAUGGCGACUCGCCGUCAGGGAGGACGGGGCACCAUGAGCAUGCCCCCUGUGUCCCGGAAAAGGACUUGAACAGUUUCAUGUACCAGACCGUCGGGCACGACAUCAUCCCGUUGUACGCCUCUGCCACGCGUCUCCCGCUCUACCGGCAGGCCAUUCUCGGCACUUCCCUUUGCCGUGGACGAGACUACGACUACGCGUCGGUCCACGGGCAAGGACCCGUCGCCGCCGGUGACGAGACCGAGUCCAUGCUACCGCUGCUGCGGGCUGUCAUGGCCCGUCACCCGGACGCGAAUGCGCUUUGUUCCGGCGCCAUCCUGUCGACAUACCAACGGACCAGAGUCGAGUCGGUGGCGCUCCGGCUCGGACUCGCGCCGUUGUCCUAUCUCUGGAAGUACCCCCUCUUGCCGUCCGUACCGGGAGCGCCAGCCGACGAGGCUCAGUUGUUGAGGGACAUGGCCGCUGCCGGGGUCGAGGCCAGGAUCAUCAAGGUUGCGAGCGCCGGUCUGGACGAGCAUCACCUGUGGGAGAGAGUCACGAGCGAAACCGGCGUGAGGCGGGUCAAGGCUGCUCUGAGGAAGUUUGGCGCCGCCGAGGGCGCAUCGCUCGGCGAGGGCGGCGAGUUCGAGACCAUCGUGGUGGACGGGCCCGCCAUUUUGUUCAAGAAACGCAUCGCCGUCCCCGUCGGUGGCAGAAGCGUUGUUUCCGAAGGUGGAGGCUCCGCCUGGUUGAUGCUUCGCGGAGCAAAACUCGAGGAUAAACCCGUGCAGGAGCCGGAGCCGCAGCUUUCGGUUCGUGUGCCCGGAUUGCUCGGGCCGCUGUUCCAGUCAGUCGCCGAUUCUUUGGACCAGCCAGCUCCCGCUCCCGCUCGGCAAGCCGCCGGCUUUACUUCUUCAAAACUCGUCCCAAAGUCCAAUGUCCAUCUCAGGGCCGACUCGGACACCUCGCACUGGGUUGUCGCUGCAGAUCCGUCGGCCGGCGGCGGAUCAUGCAUUCACGCCGAGACCAUCAACGUGGUCGACAAGAUCAAGCUGCUCCUGUCGACAAACGGACUAGAACCAUGCCAAAUUACGAGUGUAAUCAUUCUCCUUCGUAGCAUGGCAGAUUUCGCAAGCGUCAACACCGAGUAUGGAAAGCUAUUCACGAGGCCAAACCCGCCGUCGAGAAUCACAGUAUCCUGCGGAGACCUUCUGCCGCCAGGCAGAAACAUCGUCAGUUACAUGACAGCACCCGUUGCAAACGCCAGAGUCGCGAGAACUGGGCUUCACGUUCAAUCCAGGUCCUACUGGGCACCCGCCAAUAUUGGGCCAUACAGCCAAGCUAUUGAGACUGCUGUCUCCGUAGAUGGUGAGCCCACAGGCUUGAGAUCGGUGCUCAUCUCGGGACAAAUACCGCUUCUGCCCGCGUCAAUGGCUCUGCCACCCGCAUCAAAGACAUCGGUACAGGAACAGAUUGUGCUUUCUCUCCAGCAUUUAUGGAGAAUCGGUGCCGAAAUGAAGGUUCAAUGCUGGAGCAGCGCCACGGCGUACUUUGCCCGUCAACACGGCGACAGUGCCGCGCAGAAGAGCACCAUGAUGCUUGCUGGACGGGCUUGGAAGCUCGCGCACGGCUCUCCAGAUGAUGAUGACGACGGUGGCGGUGGUGGUGAUGAUGAUGAUGGCGGGCCUGAUCUAUGGGAUUUGAAAUACAACAAACAGUUUCGGGCACUGGGGCCCACGGAGACAGAAACGUCUUGUCCAUCUAUUCCAGACUGGUCGGCGUACACGUUGAGGCAGCAGAACGAGCCCGGCUCAUGCAUUCCGCCAGUGUUUGCAGCCGAGGUGGAGAGUCUGCCGAGAGGAUCCCUCGUCGAGUGGCAUGCUCACAACGGCCUCAAAAAUAUCGAGGCCGGUUCUGUUGAGCUGAUUCACUUUACGACUGCGGGUACCGAUGGCACCGGUGGCUGGCAAAGCUGGCAUAUGACUGUCAAGGCUGGCGAAAACCAUGUCGUGUUUACCGCGAUGGCCUACCCGGGCGCCAGUCACGACGGAGCCGUCGAGUUUGACGUGCUGCAACGCGAGCUUGGCCCGAGGUAUCAGGAAUCGAUGCACAGGCUACAGCCCAACAUGAGUAGCCCGGCAAACCUGUUGCCCUACCUUGGCUACGUCGAUUUGAACAGGACGGAGGGUUUGUGGAGGCACAAAGGCGGUGCUGGCAUCGACAUGGCAUUUGCAGUCGUGCCCUGCCAUUCAAUUUGGGGCCCUACCGGCCAGCGCCUCACAGCGGUGGCAUUCUACAAGGCAAUUCUGACGGCGUCGGACGUGCGCGGAAUGGAGCAAGACAUGGUUGGGGUUGGGGUGAAGGAGUAUUGA